AUGGUUUUUACUGUUCUUGUUCGUCUGGGCUUCUGGGUGCCACUGGUCGCUGGCGUGGCCUAUCAGGAGCAAGCGCCGCUUAGCGCGGAGACUACUGUCCUCGGGACUGAGGAGAUGAGGCUGAUUGCCUGUGUCAAACAUUCGGAGGACAAGUCGAAAACAUUGGAGGCGGAGUGGAAAGCAGCGCAUUCCUCGACUGAGUUCCCCAUGAGCUGGGUCGACGACCUAACCGAGGAGCCCUGCGCAGGCCUGCCAGCAGAUGCGUACCCGUCCAUCAGACUCCUCCGUAGUGGCCAGCCGUCAGUGGGGUACCUUGGGCCGCAGACCAGCGACGAGAUACUGCGCUUCAUCAACCGCGCCAAGCGCUCCUCCCAAGUGCCUGUUACGGUGUCGGCCGAAGCUGUUGAUUCAUUCAAGGGCGUGGACAACUUUGUCUGCAUCGGACGCUUCCCGUCAGCGGCAGCAGACCGUCAGGCCUUCGAAGCCGUGGCGAAGAAGUACUGGACCGAGUUCACCUUUGGCGUCGUUGAUAGCCCGGGCGCUGCAGAAGCAGAAGUCGUCUGCCACAAACGCGACGACGAGAGCGUCCAUACCCGGUCCUCUGGCGACGGACUAGAAACAUGGGUCGUUGAGGCCUCGAGACCCGUCAUCGCGGAGCUUACGCGCUUGAACCACCAACGCUUCCUCGACGUAAGCUGGCCCCUCGUCCAAAACUUGACAAGCAUCGAGCAAACUGACCACGACGUCCAGCGCGGCUGGCCAAUGGUCUACAUCUUUUCCCCAUCACCCCAAACCCGCGCCUCCAUCCGCGCCGAACUCCACGCCUUUGCAAAGAAGCAGUACUCGUCCCUGACAGCUGUGACCGUCGACCCGGCCUACUUCCCCGACCUCCUGGCCAAGCUAGGCCUCAACCCGUCGGGAAACGACUACCCCGUGGGGGCGGUGCACCAGCUCUCGAAGGGGCGGGUUUACCCCUACCCCAAGGGCAGAGAUUUCACGCCGCGCGAGCUGCAGGAUUGGGGCCUGGAUGUGUGGCAGGGACGGAUCAAGCCGUGGACGCCGCCCGGCCAGGAGCCGGCCGAGGACGUCGGGAGCGGCAACGUGCGGAUCGUGGGGUCGCACAACCUCAAGGUCAAGAACAUUCCAGGAUUGAAGAUUAAGAUUGGAGGACGGGAACGGGACGAGCUUUAA